AUGGAAGCAAUGCUCAUUAUCAGAAACACAGUACUCUGCCACUUCACAAAGCCACUCCUCCCUAACGUCCCUUCACUCUCCCUUCAAAAAUCCUCAAGAGUCUUCCUAUCUUCAACUUCCAACCAUGCACAUAUAGGUUUCAAAUAUGCAACAAAGACAAGACGCGGUGUAGUCGUCAGAGCCGCAGAGUCUAUCAGUGAAGGCAUAGAAGACAUAAAAAAAAUUGCGCUUGAUGCAAAUGAGAAGACAAAGGAAGCCGCAGGUUCGGUAUUUGAUCAAGCAAAAGAAGGAACAGACAAGGUUGUAGAGGCAGCAAAGAGUGCUGGGGAGAAGGCAAAAGAUUAUGCUUUUGAUGUAAAUGAAAAAGCAAAGGAAGCAGCAGGUUCAAUUGUUGAUAAAGCUACAGAAGGUACAAACCAGACUGUAGAGGCAGUAGAGAGUGCUGGAGAGAAGGCAAAAGAUUAUGUUUAUGAUGCAAAGGACAAAACCACUGAAGCUGUUGGUUCUGUGGUUGAUAAGACAAAAGAAGGAAUUGAGAGUGCGACGGAGGCUCUGAGGAGUGAAGGGGAGAAGGCGAAGGAGGCUGGAGAAGGAGCGUGGGAGGCGACCAAGGAUGAGUCAGAGAAGAUUAAGGAGGCUGUGGUUGGAAAGGAUGGAGCUUGA